GUAGCUAUGUAUAGCAGCUUGACCGCUUCUCUGAGCUCCCGCAUCUGGGAGUUCCGACGCGUGUACCCUGGAGGCACGCUUCUCAGACUUGAGGUCGGCUCUUCGGAGGAUGCGUAUGGGGAUGCUAUGUUUCUGCCGAGGCCGUGUGGGGAGUAUGUUAGAGGGCUUGUGGUGUUUGUUGCUGCUGUUCGGUGUGCUAUUGAGGUGCUUCGGGCUUGAGAGGCGUGCUGCUUGAGGGUGUCGUGGGUUGAAGUCUUUGGUGGCUCUCGACUACUGAUGUUGCGAAGCGCCGAGUAUUUGGAUCGUUCUUGUCCCUGUUACAUGAAGUUUGUCUCUGGAUUUCUAAUCUCAGGUUCGACUGUUUGAGGUAUGUUGCAUGUCUGGGCUGUCUUGAUUGUUUGUCAAUCUUUCAUUCUUGUCUUUUUGAACGCUGUUGCUAAGAGCAUCAUGUUUGGGCCUCAGAAAGCGGCAUAUGAGCCUAGCAAAGUCUUUCUUACCUACCUUCUAGUCAAAAUGGGUCACAGAAGGUUUUUCUCUUAUACACAGGUACCUGCAGAAUUGCGAGCUUUGACCUGCCAUCCCGACGUCUCCGGGCAUCGCCAAGUUCACAACGUCCACCGAGCGAUCGCCUCCCUUACACCGUCUCGUUCCCUCAACGGCAGUCAAGCAAUCAUGCCUGAGUCAGAUAAAUACAUCUUUCCGGACCUAGAACUGACGGUGGAUGAUAAGGAGGUCAAUGCCUGGUGGUAUUCCCCAACGGGCGGUAUGCGAAUCUUUCGCACUGCUUAUACCACAACAGAGCUCAGAGGCAUUCAGGCUGGGAACUUCUCGCUGAGUAUUCUCCGUGGAGGUGACAUACAAGCAGUAUGGGUAGGACCAGCAGGGAGACGGUUUGAGGUUAGCAUCAAGCCGCCAGCGCCAGCGCCAGCUCCAGCUCCAGCUCCAGUUCCAGUUCCAGUUCCAGCUUCCAAGAAACAAGGCCCGCCACUGACACCAAGCGUCGUAACGUGCACGACAAACGCGAAACCCAAGACAUCGAAUCCGUCGCAGACGCGUAAAGAUCACGGAAUUGUCCAUCCCACGUCUGUUUCGUCGCCGGAUCUGACGAGCUGCCGUCCCAUAUGCCCGAAAUGCGGGUCCAGUAUCGCGAGUUCGGCAUUCGAUAUGCAUCUGAGAAGCUGCUUCGCCAUGCAGCCAGCGAGCGCUACAGGUAUCACACCUGCGUCCAACGAACGAAAGGCUCUCGUGCCAAAGCUAGCAACUUGCAGUACGCCAGACAGCCAGUCCACAUUGAUUGACGAGCGCCAGCUCACGCCCACCCCUACAAUACAGAAGCUGAACAUGAAAGGUCUGAGUCUGGAAAAGACGAGAAAAAGCCAGGAACCUGUAUCAUACAAGUCUCAUGGAGACUUUCCCCACGGUUCAGGGUUGUAUGUCAGAAAGAUAUCGCGGAACGGCAAUCCAAUGGCAGGAUUCCUCAGCAUCGACCCUGCAAAUACCGCUAAGAUGACUUUUGCGUGUAAGCCCGAGGGAGGACUUAUGUUGGAAGAGUGGACUCUGACUAGACUAUCUGAGUUCGAGCACAUACCAGGAACGCCUGGCUCACGUACUAUCUUGCUCAAGGACGUAGAUGGAGGGAAGAAGAAGAAGUUCUCGUUCUGGACACGCGAGGUGCAAGGGUUCCUCGAAGCUGUCCCGGGAGAGUGUGUCCACAACGCUGAGUGGUGGCUAUGGUUCGAUGAUACCGUCAAGGCUGCCUUGAAGCUGCUCAAGGAAAUGUAGGACCAGUGAGCGAUCAGCUGGUCGAGUACUGUGGGAAGUGGCCAAGUCACAGGAUUCUAUGUUGUUUCGAAUGUUUCGGUCCAUGCCUGUUUGAUUUCUUUUCGAGGCGUCGACUAAACCUCAAGUGUCUGUCUUAGUGGUUGUAUUCCCUUCAAAACA